CCCGCCGGCCGGGACCGGGAGCGGGAACGGGCGCACCUGGAGCUCGCCGAGCUGGGGCCGCUCCUAGAGGAGAAGGGGGACCAAGGAUCCGCCGGCGCGGCCAGCGCCGAGGACCCGCCGUGCCCAGCAGCCCGUGAGGAGGAGGAGGAGGUGGUGCGGGUGCUGACCCUCCCCCUGCAGGCUCACCAUGCCAUGGAGAAGAUGGAAGAGUUCGUGUACAAGGUGUGGGAAGGACGCUGGCGUGUGAUCCCAUACGAUGUCCUGCCUGACUGGCUCAAGGACAACGAUUACCUCCUGCACGGGCACCGGCCCCCCAUGCCCUCCUUCCGCGCCUGCUUCCGCAGCAUCUUCCGGAUACACACCGAGACAGGCAACAUCUGGACACAUCUGCUCGGGUUUGUUCUGUUCCUCUGCCUGGGGAUCCUGACCAUGCUGCGUCCCAACAUGUACUUUAUGGCUCCUCUCCAAGAGAAGGUGGUGUUCGGAAUGUUCUUCCUGGGAGCAGUGCUGUGCCUCAGCUUCUCCUGGCUUUUCCACACUGUCUACUGUCACUCAGAGAAGGUCUCGCGGACUUUUUCGAAGUUGGAUUAUUCAGGAAUUGCACUGCUGAUCAUGGGGAGCUUCGUCCCGUGGCUCUACUACUCGUUCUACUGCUCCCCACAGCCAAGACUCAUCUACCUCUCCAUCGUCUGUGUCUUGGGUAUCUCUGCCAUCAUUGUGGCACAGUGGGACCGAUUUGCAACCCCCAAGCACAGGCAAACCAGAGCAGGUGUGUUCCUGGGGCUGGGACUGAGCGGGGUUGUGCCCACCAUGCACUUCACCAUCGCCGAGGGCUUUGUGAAGGCCACCACGGUGGGGCAGAUGGGCUGGUUCUUCCUCAUGGCUGUGAUGUACAUCACGGGCGCUGGGCUCUACGCUGCCCGCAUCCCUGAGCGCUUCUUCCCGGGCAAGUUUGACAUCUGGUUCCAGUCUCAUCAGAUCUUCCACGUGCUGGUGGUGGCUGCAGCCUUUGUCCACUUCUAUGGGGUGUCCAACCUGCAGGAAUUCCGUUACGGCCUGGAAGGGGGUUGCACAGAUGACUCUCUCCUCUGA